GGUUACGGUGGGCGGGACCUGGGCCGGAUGAGCUCCUUUCGCCAUUGCGUCGCGGCAGGAAAAAGUAGUAACUGCCGUCGAGGGCGUUUAGUAGGCCCGCUACCAUGAGGAGGUCCGUUCCCCAACUGCUGCUGCUCGUGCUUCUGGCUUUCCCCGCCGCCUUGCUUCUCGGCGGCGCCCGCAGCGGCCCAGGUUCUAGUUUGCUGGUGGCUGCUCAAGAUGCCACAGAAGAUGAAGAAGCUAUUGAAGAUACAGUUGUUGAAGAUGAAGAUGAUGAAGCUGAAGUUGAAGAAGAUGAACCCACAGAAUUGACAGAAGAGAAAGAGGAAGAAGAUCUAUCGGGAGAACCGAAAGCAUCCCCUAGCGCUGAUACAACCAUCUUGUUUGUGAAAGGAGAAGAUUUUCCAGCAAACAACAUUGUGAAGUUUUUAGUUGGCUUCACUAACAAGGGUACAGAAGACUUCAUUGUGGAGUCUCUAGAUGCUUCGUUCCGGUACCCUCAAGAUUACCAGUUUUUCAUUCAGAAUUUCACUGCACUUCCUCUGAACACAGUUGUUCCACCACAGAGACAGGCCACAUUUGAAUACUCCUUCAUUCCUGCGGAACCUAUGGGUGGUCGCCCCUUUGGACUGGUUAUCAAUCUGAACUACAAAGACCAAAAUGGAAACUUCUUUCAAGAUGCUGUUUUCAACCAGACUGUUACCAUUAUUGAAAGGGAAGAUGGAUUAGAUGGUGAAACGAUUUUUAUGUAUAUGUUCCUUGGUGGACUUAGCCUGCUUGUCAUUGUUGGUCUACACCAGCUGUUGGAAUCUAGGAAGAGAAAAAGACCAGCUCAAAAAGUAGAGAUGGGGACAUCGAAUCAAAAUGAUGUUGACAUGAGUUGGAUUCCUCAAGAAACUCUAAACCAGAUAAUGCAAAGUAGAAGAGACAAAGCUUCCCCAAGACGGCUGCCCCGGAAGAGGGCGCAGAAGAGAUCAGUAGGAUCUGAUGAGUAAAUACUGUUAGUACAGUCAGCCUUUAUAUAACCCAGCCAUCCAACCCCCCUCCCUUUUGUUUUGCUUGAAUUGGGAGUUGUGCUGAGAAGCCAUAUCGACUGAGGAGAAUACUAUGAAAAACAUUUGGACUAUAAGCAUUUGGCUGUGUUCAGAGAACACUGCUAACAAUGCACUUCUCAUUCCUUUUAAAGAAACAAUUAAGAAUCAUUGUGCUAUCUGAAAUGUGCCUUUAGAGUCUCUUCAUUAUGCUGAUCUGUCAUCUGCACACCUUUUAUUUCUGACGUCGUCAGAAAUGCAAAUGUGUCGUUUCCUACCCUGUUCUGAUUGUAUCCUGUCAUAAAAGAAGGUCUUUAUGCAUUUUCCUAUCUGUUACUCAGAGUCAUCUAUCAUAUUCUUUGCUACAUGUAUGCAGAUCCUUUUUGGUACGCAUGUUGGAACCUCUCAUGAAGCACUGAGUCGCAUUUUUGUUUAGCUAGUAUUCUAAAGGCACAAGCCGGUGUAACUGCUUUAAGCAGUAUAGUGUUGUUGUUUUUUACAAUAUUGCUGCUGCUGUUUGACAUAAGCGCACACUGAGUCAGAUCCCAAAUGUUCUUACAUGUGUCUCAAAUAAGGGAUUUCUACAGCAGCUGUACUUGUGAAAUACGAAUUGUCUGCUCACUUAGGCAUUCAUCACCCCCUUUUUUGAUUGCAAUAUAACUGUACAUCUGUAUAAAUUGUUAGUAGUUUGACUUGAUCAGCACAUCUGGUGAAUAUAGCAAGUUGGGUAACUUUAGAAUGCCUAGUUCAAAUGGUUGCAAAUUGGUCCUUACCAUUGGCCUGGUUUGCAUGGCACUCUUUUAAGUCAAAAUACGGCUUAUUAGGAGCAGUGGAACAGACAGGCUCCUAGAAAGUAACCUGUAGCACACCUACACAACCACGGGCAGGUUUGUUCUUAGCCAUAGUUUGAGUUGGCAGGAAGAAAGCUUACCCACAAGGCUUGGUUCAGACAAUAAGCUAAGCCUAGUUGAGCGCAAUAUGUGAGUGAAAAAGAUGCAGGAGGAGCAAAGAGUCUGUAAACUCUCCAGGAAACUGCAUGUUCCUCCAGUCCCAUUAAGCUAUAAUUUGGCUUGGCGUGUCAUGCAGACCAGGCCAUUAUAAUUGUAGGAACUCUUCCACCAUUUGAAACCCAAUCAUGGAUAGAAAAAUGCAUUGAAUUUCUUAGAUAAAGCUGGAUACGAGGUUUGACUUUCAUGAACAUGUCUUUGGGCAACAACUUACAACCUGUACAGUGGAAUUGUGCUCUUCUGUUCCCAUAUUUGAUUGUAUACAAAAGAACAAGUUCUAAAAUGACAGUAAAAACAUAAAUUAAGUUUUAUUUUUUU